ACCACAGGAAGUUCCAAUCUUUUUAGUGAUCUCUCAAGAGAAGGUCAUACAAGUCCUUUUGUGUUCGUGUGUGUGUUUGUAACUACAAAAUUUUCUGCACUUUCUAAUGUGGAAAUCUACUAACUUCUUCCAAUAUACUUAAGAGUAUUUGUGGAUGUUUUCUUCUGAAAAGGACCAAAGCACAAGGACACUGGAAGUAUGGAUUGGACAACCCUCAUAAUGGGAGUCUUGCUAUUCCUCCCAUCACGUGGCCGUGCAGAAAGCACUCUGACUAAGACUACGACUACGACUACAACUCUGGCUCCCACCACCACCCCCAGUUUUAAACAAAUCACCAUCAACACCAAUGGAGUGAUAAAUAGUAACAACUUUGACCAAACUGAGCUGGAGCUUUGCCUCAAAAGUAAUGAUGACAGCAGUUCAGCAGAGUUCAAGAAAACUACAUGUUACUUGCUUAAAAAUAGAGAAGGUUCAUCUUGGACACUGGAAAACUCGCCAACACCAUCUUGCGAUGACACAGUUGAGAACUCAUUGUCGGAAAUAAAUCGUAUCAUAGGAGCUUUGGGAAGUAUAAAUGGAAUGCUGCUGGUGGUGCUGAUAACAAGCCUAGCGAGCUACUUCCAUUCACAUCAACUCCUAAAUAGUAUUUUUGGAAAGUGUAAGAAAACUGAAUGUGACACAGAUACUAAGGAGGAGCAGAAAGAGACAACACCUGUCGCCCCAAGACGCCCUCCACUUACAUUGACUGAAAGAAGUCACACCAAGAUUGGAACACAUGGAGGCGAGCAGAAAUAUGAUCAUCCAGAUCCAGAUCCAGAUGACCAGGAUGGAUACAUUAAACCAAAUGACAUACAACCAUGGUGUCUUAAAGAUAUGGAAAAUGAGACCGGUUUCAAAGGUAGAAUAAUAUUGGACUGUUAGUAACAGUACCCCAAAAAUAUUUCCUCCAGUAAGGAUAAAUGUGACAUUAUCAGUGUUAGGAAUGAUGACUGUACAAUCUAUUAAGAUGAGAAAGAAAUGUAGUGCCUUGUUAUAUUGGGUAACGCAAUUAAAGUUUGGUUUCCAUUUUUGUGCCCCAGUGAAGUUACACUGCUGCAACCCUGCUCAUAUAUGAAUGUUAUGGGUUCAAUAAUCACAUACUAAUGCAUGUACAAAAUGAUGCAGCACCUGGUCUCCCUUUAUAAAAGGUAUUAGCUGCUCAAAGGUGAGGGUGUCAGAAUGCACCAUGCCCCUCAUUGUCACCAGGUUUGGUCCAAAAGUUCCCCAGUGCAUAUUCUUCACUGGUACUUACACUGUCGGCCCUCCUCUUCUUUUUCUUCCUCUUCAUUGGUGUUAUUCUUCUUUUUCUUCCUCUUCAUUGGUGUUAUUCUUCUUUUCUCUCUGAGCUCCAGUCCUUGUUCUAUGUAUGCGGUUGAGGUUUCCUUCCAACCAGCGUUCCCCACGCACUGAGGGUGGAGGCUGUGGAGCAGUGGCUUUGAGCAGUGGUGUGCUAUGACGAUAGGUGCCAACUGAGUUAUGAGAUUCACUAUUAUAGAAUGCAUUGAUUUGUGAUUAUCAUACAUUAUUCAGUGCAAAAAAUGCACAGUAAUGACUCCCAGUGUGCCACACCCACAUGUGGGGUAUUUAAAUCCCUUUGCUGGGGGCAUUUAAAUUUAUGGUAGACAAAAAAAUACACCACCACUCAAUGCCUCUAAGCCAAUAGAUGUUGGGACAAUAUGUAACUCAAUUUUGUAUAUUAUCAAUUCUUAUUUUAAUAUUCGAUUGCUUACUCUUCCCUCAAGACAUCCAUGCAUGGCUACCAAGCUGUCUGCAUAUGUUUGUUGAUUGAUGUGCACUAUGCACUGAUGUUCUAUUGUUUACUUUUAUGUUAUCUGAGUUGAUAUAACACUUGUCCAAUGGCAUGUAUACAUGGAUUAUAGAUAAGGUUUAGCAGAAAUGACCAAGGCACCCUCUGCAGAGUUGGUGAUGUAGCCUUGCAAGAAAAGCCAAGCAAGAAGGGCUUCAACACAGUUUCUGCUCUGUACAUGCUUGAUCAAGAUCUGCAUGAGGCAGACUUUUCAAGAAUUUUUAAGUUGUCAGUAUACAUUGAAACCAAACAACAAGAUUUAUGAAGUAUUGUACCAAAUAGAUUUACUAUGGAUGCUUUGAAUGAUGAUAUUUGCAGUAAUAUAAUCAACUAUGUACUUGUACAGCAUAAUGUUCAUUCAGUGGCUUACAGAGGAGUAAAGUAUAUUUAUGUUUAUGAAGCACCAUGGGUCAAGAUAUCUUAAAUAUCAUUAUUUCAAUCAGUAUUAGAUAUCAUAUGCAAAUAAAAUAUAAUGAAAAAUUA